CGGCUCAGGCUGAGUGCCUGACGGGCACGUGGCCCAGGUCUUGGUCACAGCGGUAACUGCUGUCUCUGCGUCUCCCAGGGCUUCUAGGACAGCGGCUGAAGAGACCUUCCCGAGGGGCAGCACACAGUAGCUGCUGAGCCAUCGCACCCGGGAGAAGCAGCAGUAACAUGGCAGCCCCUGCUUGAGAGGAAUUAAACACCAACAGACUCCAUUCAGAGAGGAACAAUGUCCAAGAAAGGGCGAAAUAAGGGCGAGAAGCCCGAGGCGCUCAUUGUCGCCCUUCAAGCUGCCAACGAAGACCUCAGGACCAAGCUCACAGACAUCCAGAUAGAGCUGCAUCAGGAGAAGUCCAAGGUAUCUAAACUCGAAAGGGAGAAAACUCAAGAAGCCAAGAGGAUCCGUGAGCUGGAGCAGCGCAAGCACACGGUCCUGGUGACCGAACUCAAAGCCAAGCUCCACGAGGAGAAGAUGAAGGAGCUGCAGGCCGUGCGGGAGAAUCUCAUCAAGCAGCACGAGCAGGAAAUGGCCCGUACGGUGAAGGUGCGGGACGGGGAGAUCCAGAGGCUCAAGUCGGCGCUGUGUGCGCUCCGGGACGGCAGCAGCGACAAAGUAAGGACAGCGCUCACCAUCGAGGCCCGCGAGGAGGCCCGGAAACUGUUUGAUGCAGAGCGCCUUAAGCUCUUACAGGAAAUUGCGGACCUGAAAACGGCCAAGAAGCAGGUGGAUGAGGCGCUAAGCAAUAUGAUCCAAGCGGAUAAAAUCAAGGCUGGGGACCUCAGGAGUGAGCAUCAGUCCCACCAAGAAGCCAUCUCCAAGAUCAAGUGGGAGUCGGAGCGGGAUAUUCGGAGGCUGAUGGAUGAAAUCAAAGCCAAGGACAGGAUCAUCUUUUCCCUGGAAAAGGAACUGGAGACCCAAACAGGCUAUGUACAGAAACUCCAACUGCAGAAGGAGGCUUUGGAUGAACAGCUCUUUCUGGUCAAGGAGGCCGAAUGUAACAUGAGCAGUCCAAAACGAGAAAUUCCGGGAAGGGCAGGAGAUGGCUCUGAACACUGCAGCAGUCCUGAUUUGCGAAGAAAUCAAAAGAGAAUAGCUGAGUUGAACGCCACUAUAAGAAAAUUAGAAGACAGGAAUACCUUGCUUGGAGAUGAACGAAAUGAAUUGUUAAAACGCGUGCGGGAAACCGAAAAACAAUGUAAACCUCUUCUGGAAAGGAACAAGUGCCUCGCCAAGAGAAACGAUGAACUGAUGGUGUCUUUGCAGCGCAUGGAAGAGAAACUAAAAGCCGUUACCAAGGAAAAUUCAGAAAUGAGAGAAAAAAUUACAUCUCAUCCACCCUUGAAGAAAUUAAAAUCUCUGAAUGACCUCGAUCAAGCUAAUGAAGAACAAGAGACAGAGUUUCUAAAACUUCAGGUCAUUGAACAGCAGAACAUUAUUGAUGAGCUCACAAGGGACCGGGAAAAGCUCAUUCGUAGGAGAAAGCAUAGAAGAAGUUCCAAGCCAAUUAAGAGGCCUGUUUUGGACCCAUUUAUUGGCUACGAUGAGGACUCCAUGGAUUCAGAAACAUCAUCCAUGGCCUCAUUUAGAACAGACCGAACGCCAGCUACUCCUGAUGAUGACUUGGAUGAAAGUCUAGCAGCUGAAGAAUCUGAGCUACGAUUCCGACAAUUAACAAAAGAGUACCAGGCUCUCCAAAGAGCCUAUGCCCUCUUGCAGGAGCAGACUGGAGGCAUCAUUGAUGCUGAAAGAGAAGCCAAGGCUCAAGAGCAACUCCAGGCAGAGGUGCUAAGGUAUAAAGCCAAAAUUGAAGAUCUGGAAGCGACUCUGGCUCAGAAAGGGCAGAUAGAAAAACAAGAGGCAGAAAAUCACCGGCUCCAACAGGAACUGCAGGAUGCCAGAGACCAGAAUGAGCUGCUGGAGUUUCGAAAUCUAGAGCUAGAAGAAAGAGAGAGACGAUCCCCUCCAUUUAAUCUGCAAAUUCACCCCUUCUCAGAUGGUGUGAGUGCUCUACAGAUCUACUGUAUGAAAGAAGGUGUCAAGGAUGUGAACAUCCCUGAUCUCAUAAAGCAGCUUGAUAUCUUGGGUGAUAACGGGAAUUUAAGAAAUGAAGAGCAAGUGGCUAUAAUUCAGGCCAGCACUGUGCUGUCCCUGGCAGAAAAGUGGAUCCAGCAAAUUGAAGGAGCAGAGGCUGCCCUGCAUCAGAAAAUGAUGGAAUUGGAAAGUGACAUGGAACAAUUCUGCAAAAUCAAAGGCUAUCUGGAAGAAGAACUAGACUACAGGAAACAAGCUCUCGACCAAGCAUAUAUGAGAAUCCAGGAACUAGAAGCGACUUUGUACAAUGCUCUGCAGCAAGAAACUGUUAUCAAGUUUGGUGAAUUGUUAACUGAAAAACAGCAAGAGGAGCUGAGGACAGCAGUGGAAAAGUUACGGCGGCAGAUGCUGAGGAAGAGCAGAGAGUACGACUGUCAGAUUCUACAGGAGAGAAUGGAGCUCUUACAGCAAGCCCAUCAGAGAAUUCGUGACUUAGAAGAUAAAACAGACAUCCAGAAAAGACAGAUAAAGGACUUAGAAGAAAAGUUUCUGUUUCUAUUCUUGUUCUUCUCUCUUGCCUUUAUUCUAUGGCCUUGAUGUCAAGGUGCCUCUUACAGAGUAACCGAAAACACGGAUAAGACCGCAGAAAAGCAGAUACUUCUAAACCUUCAAAGAUGGCAGAAAUGUUUACAGCAGUGAAAGGGAGAUCAAAAGCUUAGAACUAUAAUGUAGCCAGGACUACAACUGUGUAUUUUAAAGCCAUUGUUCAAGGUUUCUUACUUGACAGUUCCUACAUGACCCUGUUGAAAAUCUACAAUAUAUGCUGCAUUUAAUGAAACAUGUAUAGGUCAAACCAGAAGGAAAGAACUAUAAACAUAGAUUGCGAGAAGAAAACUUAUUCAGCAAUGGAAACAGUUUCAACAGAUCAAGCAAAGAUGUGUCUUGGGCAUGGAACCAAAGUUACAAAGAAACAUUCUACCCCUGCUGUGCAGGGGAUGUCAUUUUAAUGUAACACUACACCCCAUGGAAUCACUAGUCCUGAAAUAAACAUCAUUUUAAAAAAUCAAACAAAAAAAUAAGGGUGGGUGGGGAUUGAAGCACGAGGAAUACCCAUGAGGAGCUAUUUACAAUAAAAUAUUUCAUUUGAAAAGUCUGGUUUCUUACUACAGGGAUUUGCUUUUCUGUCUUUAUUAUUGUUUAAAACUCAGGAACUGAGACAUCUGCAAUUUGAGUGAGAAGAAAAGCAGUGAGUGUCUGGUUUGUUUUUCUGCAAACGGUGGAGCUUGUGGAAUGCAUUCCACACAUGACAGAGGAGAAGUGGAUCACAGUGACCCCGACUAAACUGGCAACCAAAGUGAAAGACCCAGGCGAAUGCAACAUACGAAAUAACAGCACAUGUUGACGCUUCCUUGGCCUUCUGUCACAUCUGUGGUCCUCCACGAGCAACAAACUGAUCUCAUUCAUAUUGAAAAUUAAGAAGAUGAUGCUCUAAAUCACAAGCUCCCUGACUUAGUUCUGUUUAGAAUGUCAACGACUAUAGGGCCAGAGGCACCUCUGAAUACUUCCAUUUCCCAAAUACUGGUCCUCAAAUGGCUGCUUAAAAUUGCCUGCAAAUAACAUGUUAUGUGAUUUGAUACAAAUAGAGGCGAUAAGUAAACUUCUACCAACAGUUGAAUUUACCACAGAGAUGUGACUAUUAAAUGAAAUUAUGAUUAUUUUUAGAAGUAUCCUGAUAUGCUUAGAGCAUUCUGACCUCUUGUCAUUUAGACUGAUAACGUUUUUCUUUUUCCCCAGAGAUCUGACAGCAACAAGGUAGCUCUACUUUUUUAUAUAAAAGUAACAUUGUGUUACUGAUAAGGUCAUUUUCUACCAGAGACAAUUAGAAGACUGGUACUUUCCUAGGUUAUGUAAUACUGAGUCUUGGAUUCAGCUCUGAGAGCAAAUAAAUGUUCCUGAAAAACUAAUUUUAGCCUCAUUUACUGUAGAUAAAAAAACAGCCUCAAUUUUUCAAAUUGUCAACGUUUUAUUUACAGGGCUAGCAUUCCCAUGCAUUAAGAAUGUGUGUAGGGAACCAGAAACUCUUUCUGUGAAAUGCUACACAAAUUCUUCCAUACGUGGGUUCAGUAUCUUAUUCUUCAGUUUUAGCACUGGCAUUUUCAAAGCCAGAACAAUAACUGAAGAAUGUACAAGAAAAGCUACAAUGCGGGAAUCCCACUUUUUGUUCUUAUAUUUACUGCUGACCCAGGUAUCUUUGGCCCAGUCACUUAACCUCUCUGUGCCUCAGCUUCCUCGUCUCAAAAUGAGGUUAAAAUGCUUUUUCAUAAAGGUUUUUUGUUUGUUUGUUUUUUCUUUUUUGUUUUUUGAGGUUUUUUUGCAAUUCUGGAACAAGAGGUGCUUAAAGUAGCACAAAGUGCUUUGUAAUUAUAAUGACUGCUAUAUUUGACUUUCUUGUGUUGUUGAGAAAGAGUCCCCUGUGUAAUAAAAUAGUGCUUCAGUUUGGUUCAAUCUAAGCACGGUAGCACUGAAGCUUUCCCAUCAAUUACUAGCAAUAAAGAUUGAGCGAUCCAGAGCCGGGAUCCCUAAUCACCUAUAGUAAAUAGAUCAUUCUCAUGCUAUUGAACAAGUUAGAAGAAUGUGUAAUUUCAAUGAUAAGCAUUUUCUAGCUCUCCUUACUGUAUAUGCAUGCCAUAAUACAAAACUCCACUUUUAUCAUAGGAGAGCCAGCCAUGAAAUUAAGGUUUGAAGUGAACUGAGAAUAUCACAUAAUUAGUCUAAUUAUCCCUUUCAUUUGGAGAGGGAGGUCUUGUGAGAUGUCCUACUGGGAAUAUACAAUAUAACUAUCCUUCUGCUGGGUUCUUUGUUCAACUGGGUAGGUUCAAUAUUAAGUAUGAAUAGUACAUGCAUUGUGCAGGCAAUAUGAAAAAGGGUGCUACUACAGUUUGUGACCCAACACUUUCAAAUCUCAGUCAGAACAUAUGGAAGAGGAUAAAUUACUCUCCCAUAUCUUAGACGACUUUUCCAUUGGCCAUUCCAGCGUGCAUCUGAGCAAAUUCAUACCCCAUCUGCUCCACCAAACCUACUUUCUUCCUCUUCAUCUUGCUUUCCCCACCAAGAAACUUGUAGGCUAAAUUUUAUAUCCAAGCACUGACUGGGGUUUGAACAAUCAGAAAUAUUUAUUAAAAUAAUGUAGUUUAAUCAUGUACCUUAUCUGCUAUAAAUCUGAUUGUAUCACAUACACACAAAAUCAUACAAGAGCGAUGCUCAUGAGAAUGGCCAUCUAAGCAGCUUUAGAUGUGUUUACGGAAAAUGCAAAAAAAAAAACAAGGGGGGGAUUUAGCUUAAGAUCCAAGAGAUUAGCAAAUUUCUCUAAGAUUUUAAGCUAAAAGGUGAUAUUUUUACCGUACCUUACUCAUGAUCCUCAAAAUUAACAUAUCUUGGGGUAGGGCUAACUAUUUUGAUAGGCACAUUCUCUGUUAUCCAUUUCCACAAUUAGAAAAAGCAUCAGCAAAAUUGUACAUGUGUGUUCCAGUCACUCAUGGACCCAAAGAAAUGGAUCAUAUCUAAAUGAACGCUUCCCUUGCAUACUAUGUUCAGCAAGCGUAAAAAGAGUGUCUCAAUAAUGGAGAGGUUUAUUGUGACUCCACUUCUUACAGAGAUCAAAUGAUCCCCACUUGGGUCUUUAAUAUCUGCUUUAAUUUCUACAUCUUAACUAUCCUGACAUAUUUGGCCAGUGGGUUAGCAGCAAUCAGAACAGCAUUCUUCAGAGUUCAUUUUACUUAAUUUUUCUUAACAAAGUCUUCAUCUCUUGGAAAAUAAACAACUGAAGAUAUUUAAAAAAAUAGUUUGAGAUAAAACGAAAGUCCCAAUUUAGCACGGCUAUUGAGGACAGGAAAAGUUUCAUGAGAAAGGAAAAAGAAAUAGAAGACUGUAUUUGACUAUAAAACUAGAAAGCAUCUAUUACUAAAUUGUCUAACUGUUUUUAAUGGCCACCCAAGUUUUGUUUUAGGUAACACUAGAAUUUGCUAAAAAUAACUAUCAAAUCCCUUUUAACUUACAUCAUAUAAAUGAAAUUUUUGCCAAUAGCAAGGUUUUUAGGGGUGGAAGAAUAAAUUUUGCUUUGAUUUUUUUUUCCAUUUAUUAAAAAAACUGCUCACGUAGGUGGCAUGGUUCUUCUAAAGGAUAGAGAUGAUGUAGAAGGCUCAUGGGUCAUCACUGGAGUAGAAUGAGGACAUACGUUUUCCACUAGUAAUAGAAGAAAUAAAGUUUUGCCAAACAAAUUUUUGCUACAAUAUUUCAACUUACUUUUGUGGUUUUCCAUUUAAAAUAAAUCUCUGGCAAAUUUGUUCCUUUUUGCCUAUUUAUUGUCAACUUUUUCUGUAAACCCAUUGUAUAAUUCACGUGUUCAAUGUCUUUGAUGUAAUUCAUAAGUUCAUUGUUUUAAAAUGAAGCAUGUCUUUUUAACCUGCCUAGGUUUUCAUGGAAACUGUAAAAAUAGUGUUCAUCAGUUUUGUGUUGAUGCUAAAUAACUGGAUCAUAUGUGUUAUAUUACGUCAAAAUAGAUGGGCAGCAUAGACAUUCUUUAAAUAUUUAAUUGCAUUUUUGAUCUGUCAAAGAAUGGUACAGUAUAUAUAUGUAUACAUAUACAUAUAUACAUGAAUGUGUAUGUAUAUAUUUAUCUGCUAUAUUGAAAAAGUUCGAUAUAACUUGAGAGAUAGUCAUCAAAGCAAAUCUUAGGUGACUCUUUAUGUCAUGAGUUAAUGCUUCCAGGGUGGACCCAAGCCUCUCCUUAAGUGGACUUCUACUUUCUAAAGGGAAAAGAGUAGGUCAAAAGGUCUUGAGGGCCAAAAGCUUCCAUUCUGUUCAACUGCCUUGUCAUGUCUAUAUAAUAUAUUGUCCUGAGACUGAACCUCAGGCAUUGUGGCAGGAGGAUUCAGACAUAACAGAAGUUGGAGUUGAUCCUCUGUGAUCCCAUUUCAGUACCAGGCAGAGCAUAUUCACAUUCCUUUGCAGCCUUUAGUUUGGCAGUUUAGUUCUUUCUAAAUAAAUCUUCUAUCGUUAAGAGUACAAGACCCAUGUUUAAUCAUAAUCACUAAAGAUAUACUUCAAGGGGUAAUGUGGCAAAAAUAAACGGACUAUAAUUUGCUAUAUUCAAGCUAAUAUAUGAAACUCAGAGGUACAGGUGGUUGAUUGGGUGAAGUUCCCUGUUUUUAUCUUUGUGUUUGUGCAUUGAGGUCUCUGAACCCAUGCUUAUGUUUCCAUCCUUGUGAUAUCAAAGUUCUGUAGGGUGGGAGUGCUGUAGAUAAACAACUUGGAGUCCAACUUUGCCUACAGUCAAGCCUCUACAAACUUACUAUAGUGUGGAUGAUGCAGUUUCCCAAAAGCAGAUCCCCAGCAUCCCUUGAUAACAGCAGUCACUUAUAUUUGAUGGAUAAGUCACAAAAUGUGCCUAUUUCCCCCCAUUAACCAUAAUAACUUCCCACAAUGAGGCAGAUCAAAAUCCAAACACUUUUAUAAAUAUGUGAUGUAGAUAUAUACACAUAUACAUUCUGUAUAUAGUAUGAUGGUUGUGAGCGCUUACUACAUGUGUACUUCUGUCCUAGGACUGAGGAAUUGGGAAGGGGUUUUCUGAUGCUGCUGGGUUACUCAUGUUUUUGUUUAGCAUCUGGUAUCUGUGCUCUACCCCUGCUUGCCUGUCUCUUCUCCCUUUCCUCUACCUUCUGUCCAUUACUACUAUUCCCUGGUUUUGACUGAGGCAAAGAACUACUCAUUGGUUUUCCAAUUACCCAAGCCCAUAAACUAGCCUUCUGGUGAUGCCAGUGGUUUUUCUGGAAAGAGCAACAGAGUCCAGCACAAUCUACAGUAUUAAUAUUGGCCCAAAGUCACAUAUUUUUAUCAUCUAAAAAUCUCAUUCCGUAAAGGGUUUAUGCCUGCUUGAACCUCCACGAUACAAUUCUGCGGGGACUCAAGUACAAAGCCCGUGCAUGGGAAUACGUAAUUCCCCAGAUGUCUACUGUUUUAAUGCAGCCAGGGGGUCAAUUUCUCAGAGUUCUCAUUCAGUCAACUGCUUCAGUUGGGGUUCUUUCUCUCCAUCUCAUUAGCAUGACUCCAUAUAUUGCUUCAGUGCUUGUUUAUCAAUGGAAGAAAAAUAUAAAUUCACUGAGUUUCACCAGAAUGAUCCUCUGAAGUACACCAAACAUGUACAUGUACUGUAUGUUAUUACCGUAGAGAUUGGAAUCAACUUAUUGUAUGUAAAGUUUUAUGAAUGGUUAUUUUAUAAUUUAUGUAUUUAAUACAGGAAUCA